AUGUUUAACUACGAACGUCCAAAACACUUCAUUCAGUCCCAAAAUCCAUGUGGCUCCAGACUGCAGCCUCCAGGACCGGAAGUCUCCAGCUUCCCUAGCCAGACCAAACAGUCUUCCAUCGUCAUCCAGCCCCGCCAGUGCACGGAGCAGAGGUUUUCUGCCUCCUCCACAGUGAGCUCUCACAUCACCGUGUCUUCCUCUGCUUACCCUGCUUCCCAGCAGUUUGCUGGCCCCAACCCAGGCCAAAAGGUUUCUGCUGCCUAUAACCAGUCCCCAGCCAGCUUCCUCAGCUCCAUAUUACCGUCUCAACCUGAUUACAGUAACAGUAAAAUCCCGUCCGCCGUGGACUCCAACUAUCAACAACCCUCAGUUAGCCAACCUGUGAAUGCCAUGCCAUCCCAAACUACAAAUGCUAAGCCUACUCCAAGGACUCCUGACCAUGAAAUCCAAGGAUCAAAAGAAGCAUUGAUUCAAGAUUUGGAGAGAAAGCUGAAAUGCAAGGACACCCUUCUUCAUAAUGGAAAUCAAAGACUGACCUAUGAGGAGAAGAUGGCCCGAAGGUUGUUAGGACCGCAGAAUGCUGCUGCUGUGUUUCAGGCUCAAAACAGUGAUGUCCAAGAUUCUCCACAGCAUAACCCGGAACACGCACGGCUCCAAGUUCCCACAUCACAAGUAAGAAGUAGAUCAUCCUCCAGAGCAGAGGCCAAUGACCAGGAUGCCAUCCAGGAGAAGUUUUACCCGCCCCGCUUCAUUCAAGUGCCAGAAAACAUGUCUAUCGAAGAGGGAAGGUUCUGCAGAAUGGACUUCAAAGUGAGUGGGCUGCCAGCCCCUGAUGUGUCAUGGUAUCUAGAUGGGAGACCAGUGCAGUCAGAUGAACUGCACAAAAUGAUAGUGUCCGAGAAGGGUUUUCACUCCCUCAUCUUUGAAGUGGUCAGAGCAUCAGAUGCAGGUUCAUAUGCGUGCGUGGCCAGGAACAGAGCUGGAGAAGCCACCUUCACGGUGAAACUGGAUGUCCUGGCAAAAGAACAUAAAAGAGCACCAAUGUUUAUCUACAAGCCACAGAGUAAAAAAGUUUUCGAAGGAGAUUCAGUGAAGCUAGAAUGCCAGAUCUCAGCUAUUCCUCCACCAAAGCUUUUCUGGAAAAGAAACAAUGAAAUGGUCCAGUUCAACACUGAUCGGAUAAGCUUAUAUCAAGAUAAUGCCGGAAGAGUAACUCUGCUGAUAAAAGAUGUAAACAAGAAAGACGCUGGCUGGUAUACAGUGUCAGCAGUCAACGAGGCUGGUGUGGCCUCAUGUAACACGAGAUUAGACGUCACAGCCCGUCCAAACCAAACGCUCCCAGCUCCCAAGCAGCUGCGUGUUCGACCAACGUUCAGCAAAUAUUUAGCACUAAAUGGGAAAGGUUUGAAUGUGAAGCAAGCUUUUAACCCUGAAGGAGAGUUUCAGCGCCUGGCAGCUCAAUCUGGACUCUAUGAAAGUGAAGAACUUUGA